AGAAUUUCACCAUGUUGCCCAGGCUAGUCUUGAGCUCUUGACCUCAAGCGAUCCUCCCUGCCUCGGCCUCCCAAAGUGCUGGGAUGAAAGGCGUGAGCCACCACGCCUGGCCUGGGUCUGUUUCUAGUUGCGACAGCUAUUGGAAGCCCACUGGAGAGGGCCACGCUUCCAUUCACCAGGCCACAGUGGGUGGUGUGCGUGUGUUUUGCUGAGCCUGGUCAUCACGCCGUGGCUCCAAGGCUAGGACCAGCCACAGACCAAGAAGCCGGCCAGGUGCCAGCCGGGGAUUCAGGGCUCCCCCCGAACAUCCUGUCUUCAGCCCAGCCUUGGCAUCCCAGCUAAUUUCAUCCCAGCUCCCUGCAGCAGUGCACUAGGGCCCCAUCCCUCUGUGGAUCACCUUUCUCCACCUCAUGCUGUUGGGCCACCUCCUCCACGAAGCCUUCCCCAAACUCCCUCCUCCCAGCUCCCACCACAGGCAGAAUCUGGGUUUGCAGUUGUUUCAGGAAUGGAAGCCCCAUUCCCAGGUCCUAGGGGGACCCCAAGGCAGGAGGUGGGCAGAGAGGGGUCCUGGGAAGCAUAGAGGAGCCCUGAGUCGCUCUGGGGUGGGCAAGGGCUUCCGGGUGCUUCUGUUUGAGUGGUGGCCACAGACUGUCACCUCCAGGAGCCAGGGUGGGUUUAUUGGAGGCAACCCACUGUGGGUUGAUGGGCAGAGCCAGGGCUGGGGACAGGACACUGGGGCCUGAGUCUUGUCUUUCCACUUAGCAGACGUGAGUUCUCUGGCCUCAGUUUCUCGAUUUGUGAAAUGCAUUGAACCUCGUCUUCAAAGGGCAGUUGUCUGGAUUAAGGGAGGCUGUGUGUAGGGCUGUGUGUGUGCACAUGGGGCCGUCUUGUGGGCCACCAGAACCUUCCAGCACUUAUCAAGGCUGAAGAUGGCCCAUGGGGCAGAGGUGUUGCUUUGGGGUCACAUGGGGUGAACAGGACUGGUUCUGUCCUUGCCCAGUGCAGGAGCGGGGAGGGAGGUGGUGUUUCUGCAGCCUGGGCUCAGGUAUGAAGCUGUCCAAGCACAUGCGGGUGUAGGGUGGGAUUCCUGAAAAAGGGGCCCCUUGCUCACGGGCACCUCCCAUUUCAGCAUCACAGGAGGCAACACCAGGAGCCAACAUGAGCUCAGGGACUGAACUGCUGUGGCCUGGAGCAGCGCUGCUGGUGCUGUUGGGCGUGGCAGCCAGCUUGUGUGUGCGCUGCUCACGCCCAGGUGCAAAGCGGUCAGAGAAAAUCUACCAGCAGAGAAGUCUGCAUGAGAACCAACAGAGCUUCACAGGGUCCUGGACCUACUCCUUGGUCGGGCAGGCAUGGCCAGGACCCCUGGAGGACACGGCACUGACAAGGAAGGACAAGCUGUUGCAAUUCUCCCCAGGCCUGGAGGAUCCAGCAUCUUCCAGGUACCAGAACUUCAGCAAAGGAAGCAGACACGGGUUGGAGGAAGGCUACAUAGACCCCAUUGCCAUGGAGUAUUACAACUGGGGGCGGUUCCGGAAGCCCCCGGAAGAUGAUGCCAAUUCCUAUGAGAAUGUGCUCAUUUGCAAGCAGAAAACCACAGAGCCAGUUGCCCAGCAGGACGGCACAGGCGGCCUCUGCAGAGGGGACCACAUCCUGUCGCCGGCCCUGAAGACUGGCUCCACUUCUGAUCUCUGUCCCGCUGCCUCCCCGGAAGAUGAUGAGGAAUCCGAGGAUUAUCAGAACUCAGCAUCCAUCCAUCAGUGGCGCGAGUCCAGGAGGGUCAUGGGGCAACUCCAGAGACAAGUCUCCCCUGGCCCGGUGGGAAGCCCAGACGAGGAGGACGAUGGGGAACCGGAUUACGUGAAUGGGGAGGUGUCGGCCACAGAAGCCUAGGGCAGACCAAGAAAGGAGCCAAGGCGAAGAGGGACUACUGUGCUCAUGGACCUGUCGCUGCCUUCCAAGGACCAUUUCCCAGAGCUACUCAACUUUUAAGCCCCUGCCAUGGUUGCUCCUGGAAGGAGAACCAGCCACCCCGAGGACCACAUGGCCAGGCACGCAUAGCCCGGGAAAGGACAGUUACCCACAGCAGCUGCAGCCCUGCCGCCAAGCCCUCUCCCACCCCAGGCUUUGUAGGGCAGGCACCUGGUACCGAGGGUAACCCGGCUCCUGGUAUGGAUGGAUGCGCAGGAUUUAGGAUAAGCUGUCGCCCUGUCCCCGUACCAAAACCAUUGUCCAACACUGGUAUCUGUGUCCUUUUGUGCGAUGAAUUUGGAUUCCUAAUUGCUAUUGUUGGUUGCCGGGGUCUUAAAGGAUUGAUAAGCUUGUCCAGUUAACUUAUAGAGGGGGAGCCAUAUUUAAUAUUCUGGAUUUCAGAGUAGAGAUUUCUGUGUUGUCUCCUAGAAAGCAUUACAUGUAGUUAAUUUCAGCAUCCUGGUUGGGCGGGGCCCUGGCUCUCUUCCCCUUUAGUGGGACCUCCCCUUUCUUUGGGCUUCAGUUCACUGAGGAAGAAAUGAGGCUGUCGCCAUCUUUAUGCGCUUUCAGUGGAGAUGUCAUUUGCUAUGGACAAUAGUGCGUGAGAGUUUAGGGAAGUAGUGACCAGAAAGGGGCGGAGUAGGUCUCCUCCAUGGCCCGGAAUCCUCCUCUGCUCCAGGGCUGGCCUCCGCAGAGCUGAUUGGACAGUAAUGUGACUGUCUCAUGGAAGAGCUGGGGCCCAGAGGGACCUUCUGAGUCAGAAAUGCUGCCAGAAAAAGUAUCUCCUCCAACCAAAACAUCUCAAUAAAACCAUUUUAGUUGAAAAGCAA